AUCGAAUCAGUGUGUCACGUGGCGUUACAUGAAAACGCUCGUCGAGACUCGAGAGAUAUUUUUUCUCGACGCGCCGAUAGGCAGCAGCGGCGGAGUAUCGUAAGGUCGUAAAAGUCGGCGUCGAAUCACGGAUGGCGGGAUUGGCGGGAUUGGCGGGAUUGGCGGGGAGCGUUGCGCGUUGCAUCUCGCGGCUGCGAGAUCGAUAAAAUAGAAUGGCCGGCCCGCGAGAGAAAGGGAGAGAGAGAGAGAGAGAGAGGGUGGGUGGUGUGGGCGGCGGCGGUGAGCAUAAAGAGGAUAGGAUAAUAUCGGUGCGCGUCCUCCCGCGGAGGUGUCCUCUCGCGGGGCCUCGUAUCCGGAUUCGUUUCGUAUCGCAAUUCGCAGCCUUUCACAGCCGCGAACCUAGUACGAUGUAGUUAUGCCGAAGAGGAGUAUGCGGCAUGUGAGAGAGUUGGGGAACACAAGAAGCAGCAGCCAGCAGCAGCGGCAGCGGCAGCAGCAGCAGCAACAAUCGCCGCCGCCCGGUGCGGCGAUCGUCUCGAAAGUGGCGGCAGCGAAGCACCUUCGCAGCGUACAUAUCGGCGUGACAAACAGCAAGCGCUGGUUGUCGCUGAAAAAACGCCUGGGUCUGACGACUGACGAGGAUGUCGCGGUGUACUUGCUGGACCUUGCCGAGUCCGCCACCAGGCAACAGGGCAAGUGCAAUGGGGCGGAAGACUGGAAGGGUGAUCAGGACCACGGUGAUCGGAACGAGAAUCAACCUGUCAAGACUGAAAGUUCGGAUAAGGAAGAUGAGGAGGAGGGAGAGGAGGAGAAGCAGAAGCAGGAACAAGAGCAAGAGCAGCAGCAGGAGCCCGUUGACGAAAGAAAGCAAGAUCCUGCGUCGGACAUGGUCGAGAUGCCUUCUGUCCACGCGAUGAGCGAGAGCGUCGCAGAGGUGCUGGACGACGCCAUCAAGUUGCACGUGCGACGGAGCUCGAGGUCAAAACAUCACAAGAACAAGACCAAGCAUCGCAAGGACAAGCGGAAGAGGCGGCGACACUCGAGAAACAGUGCCGGUGAGAACGCGCCAGAUGGCUCGGCGGAGAGCAGAGAUUCGAGUAAUCGCGAGACGAGCGUAAUCAGUGAGUUAGACAGUAAUUUGAAAUUAGACGUAGAGAGCUUUGAAAUCGAUACCAAGGACAUUAUCAUCGAACCCCCUAUGACCAAGACUGAUGACGUAGAUAGUGUAAGAUUUCGAAACGAUGUAAAUAGCGACAGCAGGUGCAAGGUGAAUGCGAUCGGUAUACCUGGCGAUUCGAAGGAUACCUUAUGGGAUAAUAGAAUUAGUAAGUUGCAUUUGGACGAUACGAGAGACGAGACGGCGUCUCUUCCGAAACACGGCAAGAUUUGCAACGCCGAGGAUUUAAACAAGGACGUGGAAUAUUUCUUGAAUCCUACGCCCCGCGUCGGCACGAUCGAUCGCGUCGAGGCGGCCGUGGUGGAUGCACCCGAGGAGAAGGAGAAGGAGAAGGAAAAGCUCGAGGAGGCCAGGCUUGAACCCAACUUGAACGAUUCCAAGGACACGGAGCAGCGCAAAGUGAAAAGGAGACGGAAACGUCCGCGUCACGAUGCGCAAGUCGAGGAAAAUAGUGAGCCCUCCGGGAACAACGCUUUGGACAGCGGUAGCGAGGCGACGGUGUUUAAACACCGGCGAAGAAAGCAUAGGCACGCGAGCGAGCACAAGAGCAAAAAGCAUCACGACGUGCGGAAAGCGCCGCAGGACGGCAUCGUAGUUGAAGGGGAAGCGCCGGAGGCGUCUGAGCCGCUACCUCCGAUCGCCAUCGAGGCCACCGAGGCUACUGCCGAGAACGGCACCGACGACGUCACGGCGGAGACGUCGCCGCAAAGACUCGCGAUCAAGAUCAAGCUCUGCCAGGAGUGCAACAGCCGUCACUUGCAGGACGCGUGUCCAUUGACGACGUCGCAGCUGGCGAUAGCCGACGCCAUCUCCUACGACAAGUGGUACAACGGACACAAGGAGAACGCCGAGAUAGUGAAAGCGGUCACGUCGCAGGACCCAAUGUCCGAGGGCUAUGGCAGAUUGGCGUACGACGGCUUCGAGUCGGAUGACGAAUCGCCAACGUCCAGCGAACAGUGCAAGACCAAGCCGAAGGUGCAGAAGGAGGAGGAGCAACUGGUGAUAGAGGUGGAUCGACCGUUGUACGCGAGGGAUUCUCUCCCGGAUUGUCUCCAAUUGAAGACUACCAAUACCGAUCACGGUCUCGGCGUCUACGCCAAGAGCCCGAUUCCGAUCUACGCCAAGUUUGGCCCGCUUGUCGGCAUACCGGUCAGAGAGAUGGACAUUCCAGAUGACUUCACUAUGCGCCACAUUUGGGAGAUAGAUAAUAAUGGAAAGAGUACGUACGUCAGCACUACAGACCCGCUCAAGAGCAAUUGGACUCGAUACGUUAGACCAGCCGAGACCAAGGAGAAGAGAAGCAUCGCCGUCAUCGCCAAGCACGGCAAGCUCUACUUUGUCACAACUCAGAAUAUCGCGUCGGGGAUGGAACUCACUUAUUGGGUAGAGGCGCAAUCUUCCACGUGGACGAGAAAAAAUAAAAUCAAUAAAACGAAUUGCGGGGGAUGCAACCUUAUUUUCGCACACUCGAUAUAUUAUCGAUUGCAUUGCUGCAUCUUUCACGACAUGAAUUACAGUUUGACGAUAAGAAAAUAUCAUUGCAAGGUUUGCGGUGCCACGGUGCUCGGCAAAGAUAACAUCAUGAAACACGCAGCCGAGUUGCACGAGGGUCGCGGCGCGUAUCAGUGUCAAUAUUGUAAAAAGUUUUUCUUAAGGCUCAAUUACUUGGAGAUGCACCGGACCUAUGGAUGCUCGCAGAAUCCGCAUCGGGCGCGACCGUUGUGCGAUUUCUGUGGCCGCAAAUUCUGUCAACCGCAAAAACUCAAAGUACACAUCAAGAGAAUGCACAGCGAUAUGGCCGAGGUGCUUCGGGAAUUUCAAUGUAAAUUAUGUUUGAAACUCUUGGGUUCUCGCGCAGCCCUGCAGCGCCACAUGAAGGAGGUCCAUCACAAAGAUGUUGUCGCAGCGGCCACGUGUGAUCGAUGUGGAAAAAUGUUUCAGAACAAGAGCAACUUGAAGAUACAUAUGUUGACUCACAGUGGUGUGAAACCAUUUAGGUGCAAAGAGAACAGCUGCAAGGCAGCUUUCACGACGAAGCAGUGUCUGCAGUUUCAUUACAAAAAGGUGCACGGCCUUACGGAGGAGUUGAUGCCCAAGAUCGAGAGGUCCGUGGCGUACACUUUUGACGCGUACAGCGGUGGCCUCGUUGAGGAUGUGCCUUGUGGGAGGAUCAUUCACUCUAGCAGAAGAAAUUCACAGCAGGACAAUAGCAACAGUUUACCGUCUCUGGACGACUGCAGUUCGGAGAGCAGCUUGAAAGUCGAGGUACCAACGUCGGCAUCGGCAUCGACACCGGCGCCAGAGUCAACGGCAUCAACGGCAUCGGCACCAAUAUCGAUAUCGAUAUCGGUUUCGGUAUUGGCGUCGGCACCAACGGCAGCAGCGAUGCCCAACUCUACUCACAACGUCAUCGUGGAUUCGUUACAGAGCGAGGCAAGUUCUACGAUGAAAUAUAAGAUGGAACAACAAGAGCCUCAGUUCCCGUCUACGCAAACCGUGUCCUUGUCCGGCGGGCUUGACGCGACGACGCUGGAGAACGGGCAGACGGAGGUUGAUCUGUACGACACUUCGAGGACGUUGAGCAAGGGCAGCAAAAAGUGGCUCAACGAAUUCAAUCCGCCGCCUACGUCCGACAUUCACCUACCGGCGCCGUCCUCCGAUAUUUAUGAUUUCGAGGAUGGCAGAAAGGAUGGUGGUAGCGAGAAAGUGGUAUCGCGUACUAGCUCGACGGUGUCGAAUUUGAUGGAAAGCAAUAAAUUGCGAUUGAACGUGUUUCGAGGUAGGACGGAGAGCGCGAGCGCGAGUUUGCUGGUCGAGGCGGCUCUGGAUGCCGCCGAGAGGGACAUAGGUACGGUGUCCAGCCCGAUCUUGGAGGACAACGAUCGCGAGAGCAAUCUCUACUCCAUCUCGAGCCAGCUGCAAUCGCCGAUGCCGCAGUCACGCUCGCCGAGUCAUCUAGAGUCGUACAUCGUGCAGCAAGAAGAAGAACUCAUUUCGCCCGCACCGACCCCGGACGACCGGCACACUCCUCCGAGCCACCUACACGUCGAUUAUCAUUUACAUCGGCCGGUCGACUACAUCAACGCCUCGCGCACCCACAAUAUCGAGCAAUAUCUGCAUCACGAGGAGCUGCCGCGCGUCUCUUCGCCCAAUUAUAUACACAUGCAACAAGAGGAUCUAGUGUCGCCGUCAGCCACGCCGAAUCACCGUUACCAGAAUGUGCAUCAUCAUCAGGUGCCGACGGACAAUUUGUCGAGCGACGAAGGUGACUCGGUGGCGCAGAAUCUUAGCCUGUCCGUCAAGGAGAAGGCCUUGCAGCUAGAUCUGUCGACGUCCUACAAGUACGACUCGCUCGAGCAGGACUUCACCCGGGAGAGAUCAAACUUUGAGCCGUUGGUGCUCAACAGUGGUGAACUUCAAGGCUUAGACAUGUCGGCCCGGGGCUUUCAUCACAGUUUCGGCGCCCAGAUGCAAAACACUCGCUAUCAUCAUCAUCAUCUCUACGACAUUGGCGAGCGACAAAGCGUGGAUCUCAGUAGAACGGGCAGCUACUCCAUGUCGCCACCGCCACCGCCACCUUAUCCGCACAACGAGGUUGUGCGAGUGGUCAGCCUGGAUCUCACUCCUGGCGGUAGGCACAGUGUCGAUCUCAGUCUCUCCAGAUCGCAUCAUCUGCACGGGUCCGGUACUCGCGUCAUCACCAGCCCGCAACCCGUCGGUUCGACUACGACGCACGUGGUACCUGACGCCGGCGAAGGUCGAAUGCUGUCUUCACCUCCACCUCCCUUGUCUGGAUACAAUCCCAGUUAUCCCGUCAGCCCGGCCCCGUACCAUCCUCCGAGAUCCGGUUACCAUCAUUAUCCUGGCUAUUAUUGAUCGUCGUUGUCGUCACUUUAGCGACUUUUACUUUUUUUUCCUUUUAUUGUUAGAUAUCUUUCAAUCCCCCGGUUUACAAUCCUUUUGUUAUUUUCACACGCGCAAGUCUUUGCUUCAUAUUUAUGCAAAUGUGUAACAUUAUUUUACAUCGCGACACGCUCGCAUCGCACGCGGGAACUGCCAUCUUCGUACGUUAUAAAUAAAGUAAAGUUAUGCUCUAUUCUCGCGGUAAAUUUAAUAUUUAAUAUUAACGUCGGCGAUUACGGACAUUUCGACGCUUUUCGACUCGAGGAGACACUAUCGAGUAAAGAAAUCAAUAAUGUCGUACGGUACAGACGGUCGUGUAACGUCGUUCAACAUUUAACGCGAUAAAUGCACAAAAGUAUACACGAUACAUACACGACGUUAAGAACAAAUGUUAUUUUUUUAAAAACAAAGUCUAGUAGCACGAAUCUUUAUGGAGAAAUCUAAAAUAUUCCAGAAUAUCGAUCGAGUAACCGAUAUAGAGGGAGGUUUAUUUAUCCGUAAUUAUAUAUAGCUGUUAAAUUAUUUAUCGUUUACCCCUUUUCGAUAAGCUGUAUAUGCAGAACGUGUAUGAUGCGUGACGAGUAUAUCGCUUGUAAAAUGAUUGAUAAUGUUUGGAGAGGGGAGGGAGAAAAGCGGAAUUACAUCGUGAUCCAGUGCCACGUCCGUGAUAAAUAAGAUUAUUAUAACAAGUUGUUACUUACCUCUUAGCUUAUAUUCUUCUAUUUCGGACCUAUACUCCACCGAGAAAUACUCCAUUUAACGUGGCUUUGGUGAUGACGGCAGCAUCCCAGAGCAGCAUAGUUGCCAAGAUUCAAGGAUCGAAAUUAAAUUUCAACCUUUUCACGCGCGAAAGGGAAAAGAGGAGAAUAUGCCCGCUCGCGGGCAAUAUUUUAAUCGCAAACGAUACAAUGAUUUGUCAAGUAUGCGACUCUGUGUGUGCUAUCUGGGAUGCUCCAAUAUGUAUUUGUGAAAUUAUCAAGAUGCCUAAUGCGGUAACUAUAAGUAUAUCUCUGCAUGGUGAUAACAGAUUGUAACGUUUGUUUCUAUUCUAGUCAUUGUAUAUGAAUUAGCUGUAAGUUGCGAAUAUUUCAGCGAUCGCUCCAAUAGUUUGUCCAAAUACACGUAUUUUGUCGCGAAUGCAAAUUCGAGAGAGAGAGUCGUUUUCUCGCUAGAUCGGCUAGAUUGGCUAGCGAGGGAGAUUUAGUGGUAGCAACGUAUUUCUAUUAUCGAGAUGAAAAGCGCAACGUUUUAAGCUCUAUUUCAUAACAAGCUCGUAAUAAUAUUACGUUUCGUUAAAUUUUAGACAUUAUUUAUGCUGAGGAAACAUGCGAUUGCGGGGCUUUUUUUUUUAUUAAUAAAGAAGAAAAGACAAUGCGUGCGCGCAAACGCACGUAUACAUAUCGACGUGUUUCACGCAGGCGCGUAAAUUUUCGUGUCGCUUCCAGGUUACUGGACUUACUCUAGCCAUUUAUCGAAACCAAAGAUCUAAAAAUAUUGUAACUCUUGUGCCAAAUCGAAAGGCGCUCAUUGUUAUAUAUUAUAUUGUAUACACACGACUUUUAGCAGAACGUAGUGAUUAGAGAUGGGAGAGGCACCAUUGCCUCUGUUACUUUUGCCAUACUUUUCCUUGGUUAUUUAACUAUUUUAACUGCGCUUCACUCGCGCACACGCGUGGAAAGUUUUUACAAUUGCUCCAAGGAUAUUUUGUUAAUCUCUUUUACGUAUUAGCUCUUUUUAAUUCUUAUUGUUAGAUGCUUUUGCCAUUAAAGAUAGUUACCAUCUUGUCUUUAUUUCAAUCGUCAAUUUUUAUUAUUUUUUCGCGCUUACAUUUUCAUUUCUUUUUUAUCUCAUCAUAGUUUAUACAUUGUGCAUAAUGUAAGGACAACAAACGAGAUACAUCUAUUAAGAUAUAAAUAUAUAUACAUAUAUAUAUACACACAUUUGCGUGUACAUGACAAAAAGAAAAAUUCAAAAGAAAUGUUUACAAGUACAAAAUGUGGCACAGACUAUAUUUGUAUCAGGUUUAUCGACAUUAAUAUUGUAAGUUAUAUUAAUAGAAUACGGCAAUGAUUAAGCAGA